GAGCAGACAGGCCACUGUAACUCAUGUAGCCAUAGCUGGAGGGGGGGUUGGGGGGGUUCGCACAGCACCGUCAGCCUCAAACCGAACCCUUUCUGCAAAGCGUGGAGCGACAGCUGAACCUGAAAACUCUGCGGUUCGGGACCCAAUCUGGGACGCUCGCUUAUACGAUACGAUACAUCUGAGUGGCUUUGCGAUUCAUUAAUGACAUUUCUGGCAGCUUGAAGACUUUCAUCAACGUUGCACUUUUGUUCAACUUCAACAUUUUUGAUUUCCCCCUUGCCUCCCCCACACCCCCGCCUCUACCGAGAUGUGGUGGAUGCUGUUUCCCCGAUGGAUCUGGUUUGUUCUUGGACAUUCCUGGACUGUACUCCUGCAUACGAACUGCCGGGUGACAGCGAUGCCUAUGAUGUCCGCGGCCAAGGUGGUGUACUCCCACGCAGGUCUGUGUCCCAAUGACCUGAACCCCAACCUUUGGGUGGACGCGAUGAGCACCUGCAUGCGGGAGUGUGAAUCCGACCAGGACUGUGAGCCAUUCGAGAAGUGCUGCCCUAACGUCUGCGGCAACAAGAGCUGUGUGGCGGCACGCUAUAUAGACGUCAAGGGCAACAAGGGCCCCAUUGGCAUGCCAAAGGGCGCCACCUGCGACAAGUUCAUGUGCGCCCAGCAAGGCUCCGAGUGCGACAUCUGGGACGGCCAGCCUGUUUGUAAGUGCAGAGACCGCUGUGAGCGAGAGCCCCACUUCACGUGUGCGUCUGACGGCAUGACUUAUUAUAACAAGUGCUACAUGGACGCAGAGGCCUGCUCCAAGGGUGUCUCAAUCACUGAGGUCACCUGCAGGUAUCACCUGUCCUGGCCAAACACAAGUCCAAUCCCCGUGGAGACCACAUUACAUCCCACUACUGCCCUUCAGACCACCAUCCCAACUGACAUUCAGCUUCCUGCCAUACACAACUCUCCCAUCAAACAGAUCGUGUUUGUGGGUGAGACGGCCAGCUUCCUGUGUGAGGCGUCAGGGAAGCCACAGCCAGAAAUCACCUGGGAGAAACAACUGAAAGGCAAGGAUAAUGUGAUAAUGAGACCCAAUCACGUACGAGGUAACGUUGUGGUGACCAACAUUGGCCAGCUGGUCAUCUACAACACCCAACUUCAAGAUGCCGGAAUCUACACAUGCACGGCGAGAAACGUUGGGGGAAGCGUGUCGUCACACUUUCCCUUGGCCGUGAUCAAGAGAGAACCGAGAGGUAAAAGUGUGGAGGGGAACAGCACAAACCUCCCGUUCUCUGCGGCCGAAUGCCUCAAGAGUCCCGACACAGACGACUGUGGAGAGGAAAGCAUAAGCUGGUACUACGAGCCAAAGAGGAACAACUGCUUCACCUUUACCUACAGCCAGUGCAAUAAAAACCUAAACCACUUUGACACCUAUGAAGCAUGCAUGCUGUCCUGUGGGGGGGAGCUGGCGGCCCCCUGCAGCCUACCAAGCCUACAGGGUCCUUGCAAGGCAUAUGAGCCUCGCUGGGCGUACAGCAGCAACCUGAAAAAGUGCCAGUCCUUUGUUUACGGAGGCUGUGGCGGCAACGAGAACAACUUUGAAUCUAAAGAGGCCUGCGAAGAGAUGUGCCCCUUUCCGAAGAACCACAACUGCAAAGUGUGCAAGCCUCGAGGCAAAAUGGUCUCCAGCUUCUGCAAGAGUGACUUUGUGAUCCUUGGGCGCAUGACCGAACUGACAGAAGAGCAAGAGUCAGGGCAUGCAUUGGUGACCGUGGAGGAGAUCUUGAAGGAUGAGAAGAUGGGUCUAAGGUUCUUCGGCAAGGAACCUCUGGAAGUCACCCUUCUGAACAUGGACUGGAACUGCCCCUGCCCUAACAUCACCAUAUCCGACGGACAGCUGAUCAUUAUGGGGGACGUGCACAACGGGAUGGCUGUCCUGCAGCCCGACAGUUUUGUUGGCUCCUCCAGCACUCGCAGAAUCCGAAAGCUGCGCGAGGUUGUCCAGAAGAAAACCUGCGAUUUCCUCAAAGAUUUCUCUUCAACCUAAUAUCAUGCCAGCAAUACAGCUCCUUUGUGUUUGUUUUCAGAUUGCUUUAAACUCCUGUGACCUCAACAGUCUGUCUGACAGCCAGUUUUUUCUUUUUCCCCCCUUGUUCCUACUCUUCUCAAAAGAUCUUAGAAAACUGUUAUCAAAAUGUAUUUACUCUGAGAAAAAUAUUUAAUAUUUUACCCUAACAAAUCAUAUCUUGUAUGCACUAACAUUAUUCAAUUAGUAAUAUUUUCAUAUAAUUAUUAUAUGCCUUUUGUUUUGAUGGGUGUUUUGUACUGUACGUAUUGUGUGACAGCUGUCUUUAGCUCUUAAAGGGAUAGCUUGGGUGCUCAGGAGAUUUUAAGAGGAGUGAUGAUCUUACCUGCUGUAGAUAACUCUCUAAAUAUGGUUUGAGAAUUAAUUAUGUAAUAUUUUUACAAAUUGCUAGCAAAUUUGUGAGACUGGAAUUCCAUUCAAUGUGAGGGAGUUCAGAAAGGUAAGAUAAUUACUGCUCCUAACUUCUUCAACAAACGGACUAAAUAUUAACUUAAAGGGAAUGUCAAGUAGUUUUUAAGUGAGGACUUGAUAAAAAAAAGUAAUUAAAUAUCUUAUAUUUAGUAGAUCACUCUAUAUGUGCCUUCACUUGGUAGAAAUCCUGAUUAGUUAAGCCUCAAGGCUAAAGCUAACGCUAGUCUGAGAUAGGCUAACACCAACCUGGACUUCUACUGCCUUAAAGCAAUUCUUAAAGCAACCUUCAUUCUGCCUAGUUAGCCUCAGAAGCUAAACACCACAGCUCAUACAAAUAGCAUAAGUAGCAUAAAUGUUGCCAUUUAUGCUAUUCUAUAACACAAGUAGUUAAAUUAUGGAAUAGUGAAGCAGUAUAAAGUUGAAUAGAAAUAGAACUCAUUUAAACUGUCUAUUAUGUACCUGAUAGUGACUUAAAGGUACAGCAGUCACUGUAAGCACACAUUCCUUUUUAUUAUUGAGUCUGUGACCUGAGUUGUUUUACGCUGGUCCAUGUUUUUUUGGCGUCCAUUUGGGACUAAAUAUCACAAGCUCAGCCUCUGGAGUCCACUAAUCUGGACCUUACACAAACUGAAGAUAUCAGAGGAGCUUAUAAUGCAGAUAAAUUGUUUACUUUUUAGAACCUCGCAUUAAAAUUCCUUAGCUACCCCUUUGAGAUCACAAUAAUGCAAUAGAAAACCUCAGUUUGUCUGCCAGAAACAAAUAAGCUCUUGGGUUCCAUUUUUUUGUGGAAUCACUGUGUUUCAUUUACAACACUGAAUAUGUUUAUGGACUUGUUUAUGUCAUAUUUAUUUUUCUUUAUCUCUAUCUUAGGACCUUGUUAAAUGGAUAUAUGCAGUACAGAGGAAUAUGAAUCUAAUUACUUACAGAGCAUUUUUUUAUCCUUUAUAGCCAAGAUUAGUAAAUAAAUAAAGAUGAUUUCUGAAUUUA